AUGUUUACAAACGAUGCUAGACAAAAAGAGCGCACUGGAAAAUAUGGAAGCCCAAGACUGCAAUACCUCCAGGAGCUGGUCUCACAGUUUCAGAAUGCAUCGAGUGAAGAAACAAAAGAGAAAAUUGUUGCAAAUUUGGGAAAUUUUUCCUAUGAUCCAUACAAUUAUACCUUUUUACGCCAGCUAAAUGUUUUGGAGCUUUUUCUGGACUGCUUAACAGAGCCUAGCGAGAGGCUCGUGGAAUUUGCCAUUGGAGGAAUCUGCAAUGCUUGUGCAGAUCCAGCCAAUGCUGCAGUUAUCGUUCAUUGUGAUGGGAUUCCUCUUAUCAUCCAGUGCCUAUCAAGUCCUGUCAGGAACACGGUGAACUAUGCUCUUGCUUCACUAUAUUAUCUUUAUAAUGCAACCACUAAGGACGAUAUCCUAAAACCCGAGGUAUUAGAAGCCAUCAGAAGGUUUGCUGCAGCAGGUGAAGUCAAUGUAUGCUUCAGUAAUCUUGCUCAAUCUUUAUUAGACAGGCUCGACUCAUCGGAAUCUUAA